UGGGGGGCAGGGGGGUCGGAGCGGAGUCAUGAGCGAGUCCAUCCAGUAGGGGGCAACGGCCGCGAGGAGGACGAGCCUCAAGCAUCUGCGUUAGCUCCGCCAUUAAACCACCGACGAAGGAGAGACGAGGAAGGGGAGAGAGAAGCCUCUGUUAAUAGCACGGCGGCGGCUCCAGGGCUCUGCAACCUCCCUCCCCGCGCUCUUCUCCGCCUCUUCCCAACCAAGAAAUCCAGGGAGGCUGGGCCGGGGCCAUCCAGGGGCUCUCCUCUCGCAAGCUGAGCCUCGCUGAUCUGCCCCGGAAAAGUAUCACGUGGAGGACAGAAAGAGACAACACAUCAACAAGACAUAAUUAAAGAAAAGGACCACCAACAGGUUUUUGUUUAAAAGUCCUUUUUUUUUGAGCUGCUGCUGAUGGAGGACCGUCUGUGUCAUAUCGGUUUGUAAAUGAAACAGGAUCUUGCCAGACAACCCACAACUAUCUGGGGUCUGCUGGGGUCCCUUAUCAGUCUCAUUUGGUGCUUAAUCUUUGCUGCAAUUGCACUUUUCCUGUCAAAUCUUUUGUUACUCCCAUCACCAGCCAGUGAUGAGAUAAUGCCAGCCGAAAGAGCAGGAAGCCUCUUGGGUUACUAAUGAGAACUGAAAUUUAAGAGGGGGAAAGAAGAAAGAGGCUUUCACUGGGAUUAAUCUGCCAGCGGGACCAUUCCUCUGCCAGCUAUAUUCCGUAUUCAGGGUUUCGCAGCCCGGGUGGAAGAUGGAGCCCCAAACUGCAUGUACAGAACUAGAAGAAGGGCAAGGAGGGUUUCAUAAGCUCUCCAGCGUGGUUCAACCUGACUGCAUGAGGGAACAACCAGGAUGGAGAGUGUCCCGGGGGAUCAAAUGGGAGCCUUGCAAAGGGACGCCACAGCGCUGGGAAGCCCAGUGGCAGCAGUUCCUGAUGACACUGCAGGGUCCUCACUCGGCAUGGCAGAAUCCACAGUUACUGGAGACGGCUCCCUGGGAUGAUGCCAAGACCUUCCUGGCCUCCUUUGAGCAAGUGGCCAAAGCCUGCCAGUGGCCUAGAGGAGAGUGGGCAGCCCGGCUCCUGCCAGCCCUGAGCGGAGAAGCCGAACAGACCUUUAUUACCCUGGCAGCUGGAGAUCGGGAGGACUAUGGGAAGGUGAAGGCGGCCAUCUUGCGAGGGGAUGCCCUGAGGAUGGAGGCUCAGCGCCAGCACUUCAGGCAAUUCUGCUGUGAGGAGGUUGAGGACCCCCGAAGGGUCUACAGCCAGCUGCAGGAGCUUUGUCACCUGUGGCUGAAGCCGGAGAGACGCAGCAAGGAGCAGAUCCUGGAGCUGCUGAUCCUGGAGCAGUUCCUGGCCAGCCUCCCACCGGAACUGCAGGGCUGGAUCCGAGCAGGUGGGCCGGAGACGUGUUCCCAGGCGGUGGCCCUGGCGGAAGAUUUCCUGAUGAGCCAGCAGACGGCCAGGGCAGGGGAGUGGCAGGAGCCAUUGCAGGAGAUGGCUGAGGAUUCCCGGGAUGCAGAGGUUGCUCCCUUGAAUGUUGGCCAGAAUCAGAUCUGUAAAGAAGCCAAGCAGAUCAGUAACGGGGAUCUCUGUUUGCUGGGCAGUGGAAUCCAGGGUCCUAGGGAUCCUAACUCAUUGCUUCCUCCUGAAGGAGAGGAAAUGGCUAGGCCCGACCAGGCAGAGGGACCGAUGAACCUUGAGGAGACAGGCACGUCUUUGCACGUGGUUGAGCAGAGUCUGACCCAGCCAGGCCAACAGACCAUGUUUUGGCAAGUCAUGCAGGAGGAGGACAGAGACACGGAUUCUUCAGAGGGACUCUUGGUUCCCCAGCCUGACCUCACCUCCCACUCUGAAAAAGCUGAGGAGAUGUUUGUGCAGUUUCCUGUGGAAAAUGAGAGAUUCCCAAGUCAAGAUGCAGGUGAUGAGAAGGGACGAAACAUCAAGAUAGAGUAUUCUCAGCAGGGAGAGACUGGCCUAGAGGAAACAUGUGGGACAUCAGCUGAAAUAUCCCAGGGGAACAUUAGCCUGACAGCUGAAAAUCGUGGGCAAAGAUACAAGGCCAAGUUCAUGAAGGACCAGAAUGAAUGUGGUGAGCCUGCAAAAGGUGAUGAGAAGAGGAGUCGAAUCAAGGUGGACACCUCCCAGCAGGGAGAGAUUGGGACAACAACAGAGUUAUUCCAAUGGACCAUUCCUGUGACAGCAGCAAUUCGUGGGCAGAGAUGUGUUGAGAAGAGAAGUCGGAUGAACAUGGACACCUCUCAGCAGGGAGAGGUUGGUACGCUAACAGCAUUAUCCCAGUGGGCCCUUCGUGAGGCAGCAGCAAUUCAGAAGCAGAGAUGUGAUGAGAGGAGGAGCAUGAUCAAGAUGGAGAACUCUCAGCAGGCAGAUGCUUUGCCAGAGGAAGCGCACAGCACAUUAACAGAGAUAUAUCAAUGGAACGUGCCGGUGACAGCAGCAGUUUAUGAAGAAAGAUGUGAGCUCAGAGGGGAACAGGGGAGGAAGCCAGCAGAGGAGAACGAUGAAUCCCAUAAGUUCACAGAAGGUCUUGCAGCUGCCUGUAGCAAAAGCUCCGUAGUGCACUUUAGGCCAAAGAAAUUCUUGGUCUCCAAGUAUGGUAAAAAGUGCAACUACCGAUUUGGACUUGUGAAACAUACUGGAGAGGAGCACUAUGCCUAUCCCGUGUCAGGAGAAAACAUCCAGCAGAAAUCGUACCUUGUUACACACCAAAGAAUCCCAACUGGAAAGAAAUCAUAUGACUGCUCCGAAUGCGGGAAAAGCUUCCAUCCAAAAUCUAAGCUUCUUAGACAUCAGAAAAUUCAUACCAGAGAGAGUCCUUUUGAAUGCCUUGAGUGCGGGAAAAGUUUCAUUUCGAGAGGAACAUUGAUGGUACAUCAGAUAAUCCAUACUGGAGAGAAACCAUUCGAAUGUCCUCAGUGUGGGAAAUGCUUCAGUCAGAGAACAAACUUGUUGAGGCAUCAGAGGAUCCAUACUGGCGAGAAAGUGCAUGAAUGCCUCAAGUGUGGGAAAAAAUUUUAUCGGAAAGAUAAGUUGAUUCAGCAUCAGAGAGUUCACACAGGGGAAAAGCCAUAUGAAUGUCCUGAGUGUGGGAAAAGCUUUACAGUUAAGGAGAAAUUACUUAGGCACCAGAGAAUUCAUCUAGGAUAUUGACAAGAGUUUGUGCUCAAAGAAUAAAAAAAAUUAAUCUUGUUCCACAUGUGAGACUGAUACCAGAUGAGCUUAGUAAGGGACCACAUGAACCUUCUGUGUUUAUUAUUAUCAUUCUUAAUCAUGAUGAUGAAAAAUAAUGUAAUGCCUGUUCCUAUGCAGAGUUAACACAUUCCGUUCAUAUUACGGAACAGAAAAACUUUCAACUUGGGGAAAGAAUUUUUAAAUUGUUUAAUCAAAAGUGAGAUUGAAUGUCUGACUUUGCCAAUCAUCUACCACCCUUGACCUUUUGGCUCUUGUGUCCCAUGUUGUUGUUAUUGUGUAUCAUUCUGUUGUUGUUGCUGUUGUUGUUAGCCAUCAGUGAAUAUGGCAUCUUGCAAAGUUUCAUGAACAAAGGAAUUUUUAAAAAACAGAACCCUGCCUCCUAGGAGCAUACAAUUUAAAAUGUUCAUUGUGAAGUUUAGAUAAGCAGCACCUCUCCAUAUUUUAAAAAAUAUUUUAUUUAUAUAUACACUCACACAAAAAUACAAAAGCAAAUUAUUGGAAGUGACAAAAAUAAAAGGAAAGUAAACUAUAAAUACUACGGUCUGAAGGCACAUAUGGCCAGCUCCCUCAGGUCUGGCCAGUGCCUGGAUGGGAGACCGCCUGGGAACCACAUGUAAGCUGCCUUGGGUUUCUAUCAUGAAAAGCAAGGUGGGGUAUAAAUGUAAUAAAGAAAUGCCAGCGAUAAUUGCAAAAUCUGGUUUACAAAAUGUAUAGUUAAAUGAUAAUCUCUCCUUGGUAACCUGGCCAGGCAGGCGGAGACCAUCAACACAACAAAAAUCAACAAUCAAAUUAUAAGAAUAUAUAAUAGAAAGCAGCUAUUUUCAAAACCUUAUUUUGUCAUUUUUAUUGCUCCUUAUGAGUUCAUAUUUUCAAGGCUGUUGAAGACGGGGGAUAAUGCAUAUUAUUCUGAUUUGUAUACAGAAUAAAGGCAUGCCAUAGUAGAUAAAAAUCCCUUGGUUUACCUCUGCCUGUCAUGAAUCUAACUUUGUGCGUGACUUUUUCAGCCACUGCAAUUCUCCAUACACCGCUAUACCAUCAUGUCAUAUUUACUUCUUCUAGAGAUUUCCAUUUCUGUGCUACAGAUCAGUGCUUCCCAAACUUUUUUUCCCAAAGACCACUUGAAAAUGGCUGAUGAUCUUGGUGGACCACUUAAUGAUUUUUCUGCCUGUUGUAGCCAUUAUAAUGUGAUGUGCUAGAUGCUGGAUGAUAUUUAAUUGUAUUUUUAUUGCUUCUUUUAUUUUCUUAGAUUGUAUUUGAUUAUAUUACGAUCUGAAUGCUUUGGAAUGCAAAUUGUAAUAAAUGCAAUAAAAGAAAUAAAAGAAGCAAUAAUACAGUUAAAAAUCAAUACAAAUAUUUAAUGUGGGCCUGCUGUGGACCACCUGAAUGAAGCAUGUGGAUCAUUAGUGAUCCGUGGACAGUUUGGGAACGCCUGCUAUAUAUAAUCUAGCUGCUGUCAUAAGAACUAUAAGCAGCUCUGUAAACUUGAUAUCUAAAUUUGGAUCCUCAAACAUCGAUAGUGUCAUCUAUUGUCAUCUGUGUUGGGCCUGUCCAAAGGUUAUAAUUUUCUGGGGGAAACUGCAACAAGAAAUUUAUUUGAUCUUUACACCUCAAUUCAUGCUACAAACGUCAGUUUUGUGAGAGCGACCAGCCUUUAUAAUCGACUCUCCAGGUUUUGCAUUAACACAGAAGGCCUGCCCAGUAGAAUGAAAUGCUACAUAUAUUAACCUCUCUCCACUCUAGUUAAAGAGGGGGAUGCAACUGUUUUAACUUGGGCAUGGGGAAAAAAGGCAUUGUCAGCAAACGUCUGUAACAAUGCUCAGGAUUUAAUAUCCAUCCCUGCCUCUGGCAUCCAUUCCCCUAACUGCUAACUGUCCCCCCCGCCAAAAAAAAUCUUCUCCUUUCAUGGAUUCUUCCUGUUCUCCCUGUCUUUCUCGGGACACCUCUGUGGUGGCACCACCUCAAACAUUCUUUUGUAAACUGCUACAUAGACAACACAGUUCAAGGUGUUGGUUCUGGUAUACAAAUCCUAUACAGCUUGGAAUGCAGUGAUCGGUUGGGCAUGGAGGAUUUGUUUUAGGUAUCCUGAUUGCCUCGCCUCUUGUACGCCCAGCAAGAAAGGGCAUCCUGCAGAUAUCAUCCCUUCAGGAGGUCUGUUUCAUAUGAUGUAGAAAUCAGGCAUUUAGUGUGGUGGCACCUGCCCUUUGGAACUCCCUCCUGUUACAUAUCAGAUGGGCACCAUCUUUAUUGGUCUUUUGAUGUCUGUUGAAGACCUUCUUUGUUCAACAAACUUUUGGAGUGACGAUUUUUAUCCUAGUAUCUGUACUGGAUUUGAAAUUGUUUUUAUUGUUGAAUUUUUAAAAUUGCUAAUAGCUUUGAGAUUGGGAAGUGAUUGAUGGGAAGCAAUUACUUAACUGAUUGAUUGAGUAAUACUAGGGAUGGAAGGAUCUGUCCAUUUCAGUUCUCUGAGUUUCCCAUUUUUCCAAUCUUAAAUGCAGUUUUCCACAUUUCUGCAGCAAUUUGCUAUUUAAAAAAAAAGGCUCAUGAAAAUCCUUCAGCAUUUUAUUGCAGCUUUCUUCUAAUAAGCACACUCUUAUAUGCAGCUUUGAGCAAUGUACACAUUUUGCGCAAGCAAUUUCUCAUAAUAUAAUGCAUUUUUGUCUGUUAUUUUCACUUAAUAUUUUCAUUUGCAUGCAUACUUUCCCCUAAUAUAUGCAUUUUGUAAACAUUGGUCGGUUGGAGAACUGCAUCACAAAAGUUGGAUAAGUGUGAAUUUUGGAGGAUGGCUGUGUUUCAGUUCUCAAUGCGUCAAAGUGCAAAUUUAAUAAAUUUGGCUCUACAUGCAAACUGAAUCGAAUUUCUCCUCCAUCUCUAAGUAAUAUUGAUGGCACCUUAUUUUUAAUAACAAGAACACAUCUUGAAUUGUUCCCUUUCCUUUCAACAAGGAAGAUAUUAAACAUUAUUGGUAGAAGAUGUUUUCAAUUCUCUUAACUUGAUUAUAAGGAGAGGAGAGAAUUUGUUAACCAGGGCAUGCAAAUACCUCCUGUUUUGAUACGGAGGGGCUGGUUGUGUUAAAAGUUGUUGGGGGUUUUCUGGCUGAAGACCUCCUAGACUUAUGGAGCCACCCUCAAGGGGAAUCCUGUCCCUGCCUGGGACCAUUAUGGGCUAGGAACUGUUAAUGGUAUGGGUGAAAGAGAGAGAAAGAAGGGUGUUUGGCAGAUUGCCAUUAAGUGAUGUCAAUUUUGUGUUUGAUUUCUCUUGAUGGGGUGAUUGAUGCUUUUGAAUUCAUGUA